AUGUUGCUCCUUAAACUCGCCACUUUUGUGCUGGGGGCCCUCGGUCAACAAUGCUUUGGAAGCAAAUUCGUCGUGUCUGAGCCCCUGCCCUCACUCUCUGGCCUCCCCGAUUAUCAGCGUCAGGCCGCUAUUGAAGCACAGCACCGGGCAGCACAGGGUGCUUGCAAGGCCGUUGGUCGCCUGGCUUUGCAGGCGGCUGCCGUCCAUGAGGACUGUCGUCAGACAGCGCAGGCCCUGCUCAAGCAGCUCGGGGAUCUGCAAAGGCAAAUUGGCGUGAUUGAACGACAGAAGGACGCCAUUGCUGCCAGUGAAACUGGCGGGCACCGUUUUGCUUAUGACGCUAGUCGCCUGCGCACCAUCCUACAAGUUUCAUCCCAGCACUGGUCCCAACUUGUUGCGUUCAACGACGAUACUGAGGGCGCCCGCGAAGCUGUUCGCACCAUCACCAGCGACCAACGGCCAGAAGUGUGUCUUGACGGACACCAAUACGAAGCGCCAUUAUCGCCCAAACUACGGGCCUACUGUCAAGCAGAUAUCAAUGCAGGACGGCUACGACCAUCCAAACCGGCCGGUGAGGAUCUCGAUUUGCAAGCCCUCUUACAUGGUCUAGCCACCAUCUUGGAGCGCCUGAGGCAGACCAGCCAGGAGCACCACGAUGGCGUAUUUCGACGACAGCUUGAAGCCUUGGCUCAAGCCAGCGAGCGGGUCGUGACGAACAACAAGGUCCAGGCCGCUGCGUUUCAAGAACUGCGAGAGCAACUGCAAAGCCGACUGGCUGAGCGGCGACACGAGCAUCAGCGCCUGGCCAGCAUGUUCACACCUGCCACGCCACGGGCCACCCAACAGUUUGCUGCAUUGCGCAAUCUGCGCUCCCAUGGUGGUCGGCGCCAUGUCUCCCAGGCCCAGCAGCUUGAUUCCUCGUUGCAUCAAGCACCUGCCGAGCGGAGUCUGGCCGAGACCAAGCUCAUGCAACCAACCGAACCUUCAUCCCCGCGCGCCUUCUUGUCGGCCAUGCAGCAGACAACACCACGUUCCCUACGCAACGAUCGCUCCUUACGAGUCCCGACACCUCGCUCCGUUCAAGACAUUCUUCAACAGGCCUUACACGAAGAGGACAGACCGGAACCCAUUACUAGGCCAGAGCCUGUGGCUCAGAGCCAGAAUAGACAACCAAAUGUCGCUCGUCAGAGUGCACCCGUGGACACAACCCCCUCUUCUUCUCCGCCCAUGCGGAAAAGCUCAAACCCCAGUCAGCCAGCACCAUCGCGCGUACCCAAGCCCAUCUUUGCCCGCGACCACACGGCCCAGAUUGAACAGGCACCAUCACCCGGAGUGGCUGCUCGAGCUUCGACGCGUGGUAACACAGCUCAGACUCCCGGCUUGUUGGCCGCACCGCAACCGCGCGCUGAUCCUCUCGAUGACCUCGCUUCUCGAGUUGCCCAGUUGAUGCAGGAUGGGGAUGACGAGUCGGGCGAGGGCGAACUGGGCAGUGUCGAUGGCUCCCCGCUUCCUAGUCCAGGGGCCAGUACCAGGUCUUUGGCUCAGCCUUUUGGCGUCAACGCUGGGCCAAGUUUUGGGUUGGAGGAUAUGGUAGAGCAGCUCAGCCCCAGCCAUGCCUUUCAAACGCGCCACCAGCUUCCGCGCACACCAACCGCACCCACGCCGCCGCUCUCUACUCCCGCCGAGCCUGCAGCGAGACCAACGGCGGUAGCUCGGCAGCCCAGUGCCCCACUUGAAACAGAGUCCGAUCUUGUUGAAGCAGCUUGGACCCCGAGCAAGCACGCCGUCGCUGCCCACCCUCGUGAUCCGGCGCGAGCGCGUUUGCCGACGUCAGCCAAGCGCAGCCAAGCGCGCCCUGGUGUGCGGCGGAUUGCAACGAGUUUGGACCGCUCAGCCCGCGAAGCAAAUGAUGGAACGGGUCGUUUUGUGGCAGUAACGCCUUCUGCACCCGAAGAAGAAAGCCGUGCUCGAGCGCUGACGCCAUCAGCGCCUGACGAGCAAAUAGGCACCGACGCCGUGGGUGACUGGCUCGAUCAGGAAGCUGACAGUUUGUACUCCGAUAUCUCCGUCACGUUGGAUACGGCGCCCGCUGCGGCUGGAGCAAGCGGAUUGGAUUACAUGCCUGGAACCGCAUCACCUGGUGUGGCUCGCGGCGCACCUGAUGUGGCUCGCGGCGCACCUUCGCCCUUGGAGCUGCCACUGGAUCUGAGCUUGGGACAUGAAUCACCGGUACACGAGGAUGAGUGGGCGUCGCCGGCGGGUUCCCUGGCAGCAUCACAACCGGAGCGACUCCUCCUUCCCUCUUCACCGCAGCGGGUAUUUUCAAAGGGCUACGCGCCGCCGUCGGGCGAGUCCCUCCCGACCUCACCGAUUCAGCGACGCACCUCAAGCACAGCCCCAUCGCCCACGUACCGCACGCAAGGCUUCAAGCCCUCCCAGAUCAAGCAACAAGCUGGCGCCAAGGCGCACGCUGGCAAGGACCACCACUCGGGUGUCUCCUCCGACUCAAAGAAGCACGGCAGUGGCGCUCACAACUGGGGCAGCGCCAGUGACGAUAUCAAGCAAGGCCUCGAGGAAUACCACAGCCCUGCGCCCGCCGCUGCCGCCCACUAA